AAUAAUGCUCUUACUUUUUGGCUCGUCACUGUAUUUUCAAAUUUGCCGUUUAGCUACAGCGGUUGAAUACUCACUUUUGACAAACGCCUUCUCUCUCUUUCUAUCUCGCUCCGUCUCUCUCCCUCCCUUGCACUUGUUCCUAACGAACCGUAACAGAUUUUACGUUGAUUUUCUCGCGUUCAAAAGCAAUUUUCACUUAGUUUUCGCUGUAAACUGUUUAAAUUCCAGAUGAAAUAGCUUCCUUUGCGUUGUACUUUAAUAGUUCCGUUGCGGAAACUCCGGUAAAAGCCCAAUAGAAUCCCGAAAAUCGACGGCUUGGGAACGGUGGGGCUCGUAAUCCGGUGCGCGUUUUCAACCUUCACCUUUCUCGCUGCUGCAGUGAAAUGAUUUUUAUGUGCAUCAAAAACAGCAGCAGCAGCAGCAGCAGGAGGACCUGAAAAGCGCAGGAGUGUAGAAAAGCGUCCGGCGGAAAAGCCGUGUCGUCCUCCGUGUCGCACCCCUUGCGUUCGCUUUUUUUUUCGGUUCCACUCCACGCUACGGUCCGUGAUUUUCUUUGAUUAAUUUCAAUUAAAUCUUCGUCUCCGUCCGCUGGCCACCGUUUUGUCGGUUGAGGACGCUCUCGUUUUCGUGGUGUACCGUGAAAAGGAAAGCAGAACUCCGCGCACUCGCCUGACGAAUCGUGAUUUUCCAGCCAGCAGCACCGUAGCAUCAUCAAUCUUGUGGCACACUUUGAUCGAUUUGUUGGUUUGUUGCUUUCGUUUCUCGAUUGUGUGCACCCUACUUUCUCCCCCGACCACCGCGGGCUUCUGGAUGAUAUCGUGAAACGCAUCUACUACCACCAACCGUUUGUGUGCGUGCCUCCCCUGCUGCGUGACCCUCUGACACGGAUUUGGCCCGAUGCAUGCGAAGAUCUCCCGACAACAGCAGCCGAUAACAGCGACGACGGAAUCGUGUGCCAGCAGCAACGACGUGUGAGCGUUUUCCACCAGUGUCCAUCGCACAAGUCCAGCAUCAACAAACAACGAUGAUGAAACUGGACUCUGUAAGCAGCAACCACGGUUCGAACGGGUCGGGAUCCUGCCACAAGCACGAUCUGAAUGUGCUGGUAAAGAACAUCGUGAAGAUCCUGCUGACCACCUCGAAGUACUUUCACUGCCCAUUCUGUGCCGAUGAGUAUCUGUUCGAGUUCACGCUGAAACAUCAUCUGCUGAAGCAACAUGAGCGGGACCUCGAGCGGAUCGUCAAAUCGCCCGAUGCCAGCAUCCGGUUCUGUGAGAGCAACAUCUGCCCGUACUGUGGCGCCCUGUUCUACUACAUCGCGGCCCUGCCCAAGCACAUCAUGAACAGCCACAGCCGAGAAUGUCUGUUAAAGUGGCAAGCGAUCGAGAAGGAGAAUAGCUUGGCGCGGAAGCUGGCCUCCGAGCCGAGCAUUCGUUGCGUUCCCUGUUCGCCCGGACUGAGUGAGCUGUUCGAUGAGCUCAAUACUAGCGGAGAUAGCCAACGCGGCGGUGCACGCACGGGUAACGUAAUGCAGCUGACCAAACCAUCGCCUCUGCUGAAGACGGCACUGCGGAACGUGAAUCGCAUUACCAGUGGUGGCCAGGCUGCAUUGGGUAAUGGUAACGGUUCACAGCACAGUCUGAUUGACGCGACAGCCGCACCACAUACCGCGGUGACGGCAUGGUCAAGUUUUGGAUUCGAUAGUUCAUUGCCCCGACGAGCUCACCAAACGUCCGCUCGGCGCGAGCUUCAUUUCGGUGAUCCGCAUCCACACCAUCAACCGGCAACGAUGAGUGCUCCGGGCACGACCGGUCCACUGAUCAUGCGGCAACCCGAUUUCUGCGCCAGUGGAGCAUCCUCGCCUUGCAAUGAGUCUGUUAGUUCCGUCCGGAAAGCCAAAUUUCAGCGAAAACGGUUCAAUCUGCGUUCGAUCAAACCGAAGCUCAACUUCCGCAAGUACGUGAUGUCCAAGUUCUCGAAGAAGUACCACUGCAAGAUCGUCACAAGCACACCGAACAAUCUGCUCGAUGAUCCGAGUAGCCGGGACUCGGUGCGGUUCCUGGCCCACAAUCAGGAGCGCUGGAACCGGAUUCACUUCGAAUGACGGCGGUACGGGUCGCCGUUCGCCUGUGUCGUGGAGUAUCUGUGCGGAUUGCUGUUUUGUUGCGUUUAAAGCCCGGACUGCCACGGUCCACCGAUGCGCGGAUCGGUUGGUUUAAGAAUGUUUUCUUUUAUCUUACACGUAUGUAGUGUAACUCCUUUAUUGGUAGUAGAGCAGAGGAAUAAGGUGGACGCUGGAGAGGCGGUUAGUACGAUACACACACACAUGAUGGCUGUGCAACUUGCCCUCGGUUAAUCGGAUCCAAAGUGGGUCACAGAUCGCGUGGGAAGAAGUAUCUGAUCUAACCGUGAAAUCAUUCGUGGUGAUGGAAGAUGAUCAUUAAUUUAUUACUAUUAUCGCUCUUCCGAUGAUCUUAAGGGCGAUCGCUCGAUCACGCUUAUUACGCCACAGCAAUGGCCUAUCGUUAAGCCUUAACGCUGCCAAUGCGUUGGCUUAGCGACGUUAUUAAUCUAAAACCAUACAACACCAAUCUAGAUUAGAUAUCGUUGUAAUCUUUAAGAACAUUACAACAUUACAGACGUCACUCGCACGCGCUGGACCAAUCGUCAAAAUGGCCUUUCGAAUGCUUCGGUCAAUUGUGUGGUGGUAGAGGAGCAGUUUAUCUAAAACAGAAACAAGUUACAAUAGCGAGCUAGUAGCGUUGACAGCAGUAGUACGAGAGAUAACGCAUUUUUUCCACUCGUUAAUUUAUGAACUAAUCGUUAAUAUUGCAGAAUAGCAUUAGAGCCCCGGAUGACGUACUCCGCGGCAGAUAAUACAGCAAAUAGUUGGUAGUGAAUUUAAAACACGAAUCUCUCGUUCGCGCCUUCCAAAAAUCCAUUACUUACGAUAAUAUCGAUUCGAUGAAAACGAAACACCAAACACGUGAAACCAACAAAUCAAUUUUAAACCUUAAUACCGCAAUCUCGCGAUACCCUUUAGUACAUAAGUGCAACUGCCGCCCUUACUUGCCUCUACAGUAUAUAUGUAAGCGUUACUAAGCGACGGCAACGCGAUAGAGAAAGGUUGUUCCCUGGAUUCGCCCCUGAAGGAUGAUGUCGGGACGAAAACUUUAAUCAAAAACAAUUGGCCCUAUUCUACAACGCUCUAUUUGUCGCUCUCUCUUUCUCUAGCCUUAUAAAUCAAACCCUAAAGUACACUUUUUAACCUACGCAAAGCAACCGAUUAUUCGCCGGAUAUAGCGUGAUUGCAAUGGACAGCGUAUGAGGAACUAUCGAUAUAGCGAUCGAUGACUUCUGCCCUAUUUAACGCGCCAUUUUUACACCAGGAACACCAACGCCCGACGGAAAAAUAAUGCGAAUAUUUAUAUCCUCAUCGCGUGAUGCAUUACAUUCCUUGUUCCGGGGAAG